AUGAGUUCUUAGUACUCCUUGGCAUAACUAUCAUAAACCAUUAGUUAUCAAUAAAUCAUUACUUAAACAUGAGUCACAUAUUUUUGCAGUAACAAUAUAAAACUCAUAAAAUUCAAAUUCAAACUAAUCGUGAUAAGAUUGUAUUUAGGAUUGUAUUUAGACAACCAUAGAAGCUCAUACUCGACUCUCCUCUUAACCGGCUGCUCCAUUCAUUGUGCAUCAGCUGAAGGAUGGUACUGUUACCUGAUGAUGUUAAGGGUUUUUUCCGUGGAACGGUCUUACGACCCAGGACUUGCUAUUUUGCCGACUGCGAGAGAGCUUAAAAAUGGAAAGUGAGUUUGAGACAAGAAUUUUAAAAUUGUACGAAGAAGGAAAGCACGAAGAAAUAAUUGAACUGAGUAAUUUUGCGGAGUGUGAUGAGGUGAGAAGAUUGCUGUGGGUAUGGCCGAGCUUCAAUGAUUUGAAGUGGCUGAAAAAAAUUAUAACAGAUUUAAAGUUUAAGGGAAUAGUUAGCGUUGGUUGCGGCACUGGGCUUCUGGAAUGGAUUAUUCAACAAUAUUUAAAUUGUGAUGUGAUUGGAAUAGAAGUGGAUGAACCAUGGUGGCAAAGUAAAUAUUCACCGCGAUGUUAUUUAAACAAAAUAGUAUUUACUUCAAAAAAAAAUCCCGCAAAUAUUCCCCCGGAUUACGCACUUUUAUUUUGCUACUUCAAUAACAGCGUGGCAUUUGAAAGCUACUUGACCAAUUACUCUGGUGAAUUAAUUCUGGUAAUAGGUCCCGCGAAGGGCACGAACCGUCACACGGACCCGCUGCCCUUCGAUGAAAAAUUUGCAGCUUUGAAGUGGAAGUUACAUGACUUCAAGAAACUGGACAACGGCAUCGACUUGAUCGCGGCCUACAUUCGAAUGUAAAAUGAUUCUCAAUCUAAAUAUUUAACUCGCUGUGAAAAAAUACUCGAGAUGAGGGAAAAUACUUUAGAUCAAAGAGACUGUAAUAUGACAAUAUAAAUGACGUGGGCUCAUUUGAGUUUGAAAAAAAAAAUUUUUUUUCAGCAAAACUUGUUGGAGACAGUAACGGUUUCUUUGCUCAAAACUCAUCUCAGUAACAAGAGUAAAGCACGCCGACGGGUGAUGUUUGCAAAUCAUUAACUGUACAGUCAAGAACAUGCUGCUCUCUAGUACCGACUAUAAGUAUAACUAUAACUAUACCUUCUACUGGCUUCUAUUGCUGCAGCACAUAUCAACUACAAGUAUAGUCUUAACACACUUGGCUUAGUUUCAAGUUUUCAAGGCAAGAGCACAUUUAUAUAUACACAAGUUCCUUCUGCCACUGCCUAGGCUUUUGUAUAUGUCUCUUUUCUAUUCGGUUUAUUACUUUUACUCCUUUUAUAUUUUUUGUACCAAUAAAAUUUAAAUGGACAGGGUCGAUACUCAAUUCAGACAUUCAAUUCCUGAUGACAUGUUUUUUUUUAGAUUUUUCUAUUUAUUUGGAAAUUUAAAAUGCCAAUGGUUAAGUUUUGGUGAAAAGAUUAUUAUAAUGAUUUUUUAAAGCUAAAAAAUAGAAGUAUUCAUAAUUUUUGAGAGACAUAGGUUAAAAGUUGCCGUAAGAUGGAAUGAAGUUUUAAUUAAAGGACCGAUUGAAGUUUGAUCUUUUUUUUUUAACUAAUAAGUGGAGCCUCAUCUUAGGGCAAGUCAGAUAUAAAACCUGCGUUGCCGUAAGAUGGAAUGAAGUUUUCAUUAGGGGUCCAGUUGAAGAUUAGAACAUUUUUUCAAACUAAUAAAUGAAGUCUCAUCUUACGGCAAGAUAGAGAUUAACAUAAUUUGCCGUAAGGUGGAAUGAAGUUUUCAUCAAUGGCCCAAUUGAAGUUUGAUCUUUUUAACUAAUAAGUGGAGCCUCAUCUUACGGCAAGUCAGAUAUAAAACCUGCGUUGCCGUAAGAUGGAAUGAAGUUUUCAUUAGGGGUCCAGUUGAAGAUUAGAACAUUUUUCAAACUAAUAAAUGAAUUCUCAUUUUACGGCAAGAUAGAGAUUAACAUAAUUUGCCGUAAGAUGGAAUAAAGUUGGUAAUUAUACUUCCGUAUUAAAAAGUAAAAUUAUUAAUAUGUAGUAUGAUUAUUAAAUUAUAUU